UUUACCACUUUCUUAUUGAUUUAUUGCACACAGCAAGGAGUUUGAGCGAGGUACAACGAGUAAUGGUCGGCUCACGGGUGUAUGUAGGCGGUUUGCCUUACGGCGUCAGGGAACGCGACUUGGAGCGUUUCUUCAAAGGUUAUGGCAGAACGAGGGAUAUUCUGAUCAAGAAUGGUUAUGGCUUCGUUGAAUUUGAAGACUAUCGCGAUGCGGAUGACGCCGUUUAUGAGCUGAACGGGAAGGAACUGCUAGGGGAAAGAGUCGUAGUGGAGCCGGCUAGAGGUACUGCUCGUGGCCCUAGCGGUUACCGUGAACGGGAUCGUUACGAUAGGGACCGCCGUGGCGGAAGGUUUGACAAAUAUAAAAGCAAUUCCAGGAACAGUUCCCGCUAUGGACCGCCGCUACGCACCGAAUAUCGUCUGGUGGUGGAGAAUUUAUCGACCCGCGUCAGCUGGCAGGAUUUGAAGGACUAUAUGCGCCAAGCCGGAGAAGUCACGUAUGCUGAUGCCCACAAGCAACGCAAGAAUGAAGGCGUGGUAGAAUUUGCAACUUUAUCUGACAUGAAAACUGCUAUUGAGAAGCUGGAUGAUACCGAGUUGAACGGACGGCGUAUUCGUCUGGUCGAGGACAGAGGACGCAAUGGUCGCAACGGACGUGGACGCUCGCGAUCUUCCAGCAGCCGCUCGCGAUCACGUUCCCGUCGCCGAUCGCGUUCUCGUUCUCGGUCGCGCCGUUCGUCACGCAGCAGGUCCAAGUCGCGCAGUCGCUCGAAAUCAAAGAAUGGAUCGAAAUCGCCGGAAAAAUCUCGCUCACGCUCACGCUCAAACAAAUCGCGCGAUAAUAGCAAAUCAAAAUCACGUUCCCGCUCACCGAAACGCGAUCGCGAUGAGUCCCGUUCCCGCUCACGGUCCCGCUCUAAAUCCCACUCCCGUUCGCGCUCCAAGUCUAAGGAUAACAAGUCACGCUCGCGCUCCCGUUCCCGUUCCCGUUCGCCACGUUCCCAUUCACGAUCGCGUGAUCGCUCGCAGUCGCAGGACAAGUCUCACGACAAGUCCCGUUCGACGUCACCUAAAAAUAACGAUCACUCUCCAGAGCGUAAUGAAAGUAUGGAGGAUUGAGGCGCAAGAAGGAACGGGCUUACUUUUAA